AUGGCGGCUCCGGGUGCCAGGUGUGCGGCGCGUCCGGCGCGGUGCUGGGCACCGAGUUCUUGGGUCCCGGCCCCACCCGACCCCUCCCAUCCCACGGGCUCCGCCGUCGCCGCGGUCGGCGGCACACGUGCGCCCGGGCGGGAGCGGGGUCCCGGAGGGCAGGGCCGGGCCGGGAGCACGGAGACGGGUGCCUGGCGGAGCCCGUGCGUCCCGCCGCGCGCCCCCGCCCCCGCGCCUUCCCGCCUCGCCGCUUUGCAACCGCGCGCCUUCCUCCCUCCGCGCCCCGCGCCCCGGCUUCCUAGCCGGCAGGGGCCCCGCUCGCGCCCGCCCGCUCCCCGGCGGCUCGCCCUCCCCGGCAGGGCGCCCCAGCCCGCCCCCGCACAGCCCCCCGCGGCGCUCAGCCGCGCGGCUCCAGCGUCGUUCCGGGAGCGAGCGGCCGCUUUCCGCGCCAGGCUCCGGCACGGACUGCUUCUACUCGGCAGUUUCCGGGGGCCCGGGAGCGAGUGGGUGACCCCUCCGCCUCCCACGACGCUUACUCUCGGGCCUGGAGACCGCGGGUGCCCCCCGAAUCCGAGGGGGACAGAGCGAGCCGAACCCCUGCUGCUUCCUCGUCCCGGCGCCUGGGGCGCAGCCUCCGCCAGUUACCUGCGGGCCAGACGCCCCCUCCUCCCUGACCUGAAACCCGGGCCGAAUCCCCGGGGGUGCGGGUGCACCCCUGGGCGAGGGCACCCCCGAGCCCCCUCCCGCCUUUCCCGCACCGGAGGGAGGGCACUGAGGCAGUCCUGCCCUUCCGAAGACCCGGAGGCGGGGGGCGACGCUUGGGGACCGGGGUGCAGCCAGCUGUCACCCCGACCCCCGCGCCCCCCGGCGCUGGCCUCGCCUCACCCGCCGCGGGCGCGCGCCCCGCCCCGCCCCGCAGUCCCGGCGGACCCGGCGCGCAGACACCGAGCGGGGUCCCCCCGCCCCCGCCCCCGCCCCCGCCCCCCGAGCGGGGGCUCCCGACGCGGCGCACGCACAGAGCACGUCGGCGUGCGGAGCGGAGGCCGUGGGCCCGCGAGAGCCCGCGGCCCGGUGGCGGCCGGUUCCGGUCAGCGACGGAACCGGGCGCCACCGCCGAGGGCCGGGCCGGCUCGGGGCGGGGGGACGGCGCGCGGGGGCAGCACCCGUCCCCUCCCUCCCCUGCCCGCCGCCCGGGCCCGGCCCGGCUUCAAAGGGGCGCCGGGAGCGCGCGCGGGGAGGGGCGUCUUCCCGCGCGCGCGCGCCCCCGGCUCCUUCCCGGGUCGGAAAGCUCGGCGGCUGACGGUGGCGCGGCGCCCCGGCCGCGGGAAGCCUCGUUCCCAGGAGGGGGAGCCCCGGGCCGCCCUGAGGCCCCGCGCGCCGCCGUCCGGAACGCGGGGUGCUGCAGACGUGGCCACGGACCGCGUCCCGGGUUCGGCUCCCGUGUCCAAACGCGAGGCCGGCCCUGGCUCCCCCGGUCCCCGCGAGCACCUGACCGUGCUCCCUAAGGCAGGCAGAGCAGUGGCGGGUGAUGGGGUGCGGGAGGAGGGGGGACGAAGACCGCAGUCUGACCGUCCUCACGUCUUCCCACGGCUGCCGGCGGGCGCAGGGAGGCUCAGCGCUGCCACCUGGCGGCCGCUCCCUCCCGGAGGGGGAGCGCCCUGGCCGCCGAGCGCGCGCGGACCCCCGGCGGGUGGGCCUCGCCUAACAGCGGCGGCUCGAAUCCGCGCUUGCGACGCAGGGGACCCGGGCACACGCUCGGGAGCAAGGAAAGGUGGCUUGGUGUGGCCGUCGAGGGCUGACUUACUCCCACCAGACGCUCCUCGCCGGUGA